UGAAUUUCAGCCCAUAAAAAUGCAAGCCCUAAAAAUACAAUGCAUUAAAAUACACGGUUAAUGGAAUGCAUUUUUUUUUCAAGUAAUUCAACAAGAUUUUUAUUUCAAAAACAUAUGGCAUUAGUUUAUUUCCAUAAGUUUUACUUAUUUUUUUUUUUUUAAUUGAAACCAGUUGUUUAUUUUCUAUAGGUUUUGUAACAUUUGAAAAGCUCUUAAUUCCACUAUAAACUGGUCAGUGUAUUCACUAGAUUGCUUCAGAGGCAUAAGGUAAGUAGCCCUAUUACAAACAAUAAUACAACAAUAAUAAAACAACAAUCGACAUUUACUUUUUACUUUUGAUAUGUAAGUACUUUUAAAAAAACAAGUACUUCUGUACUUUUACUUAAGUAAAUUGGUCUUUACAACUUUUAAUUGUAAUGGAGUAAUAGUUAGCACUAGUAGUGUCUGUACUUUCACUCAAGUAAGGAAGUUGUGUAAUUUGUUCACCUCUGUCAGUAUCUCUAUAAUAUCUCUACUCUUCAAACUAGCAGUUAAAACUAAAAUCACAUAAGUCUCUGUGAUGAUCGGUUGUUAUACCAAGGAAGUAUAGUCCUCCUUUUUUCUCUCAACACUAAACCGCAGAAAGUACUAAGUACUUUUAACCAAAGGAGGCAAAGUCUUUCCAGUUUUCCAAAUGGCAAAUUUGGCACAUUUGGGGAAGAGCAGCGGUGGUUUAGAUCCAGUAAUAUUUUAUGAUGUUUCAAUGAUGAAAUUACAGACAAGAAAUUUAAAUUCUUAUGUAUGAAAUUAAAUAAAAAAACUAGGAAAUUUAGUAAUAAAAUCAUCCUUAAUACAAUUUUGGGUAGACUGUGCCUCUCUUGCCUCCCAUGAUGAGCUGCUGAUCUUUAAUGGCUUGAGACUUGACUCGUGACAAAAGACUAAAAGAUAAAAGACACAUAACUCAGACUCCAGGGUUACAAACUUCAGACUUGACUUGGACUCCAGCUUAGGACUUGACUUCAGGUGAAAAAAAAACAAAAAAAAAAACACAGUGAACUGAACUUGUCCCCUCCCAAGUUGGCUGAUAUUUGAAGAUUUAUUUCAAGGAUCUGAGCAAUAUUUUAUUAAUUCGUUCUCUUUUUUUGUGAAUCUUGUGGACCAGGCCAAAUACCUUCCAAACCGGAGAAUCCAAAAAGGUCAUCGGAUCAACUUACCGUGCAGUACAGACCUCAGAAGAUGCCGUCUUUACAGUUUUUGAAUAUGUUUGGCAGACAGCUGACCAAAAUGAGUAUUGUGACCUCAGUUCCACUUGGCUUUUCAUUAGUGGGUUUGCAGGGAAUUAUGGAUGUAAAAUUUUCAUGCCCAUGUAAAGCUGGCUGGAACAGAGAUAUAUCAGCUCUCAUCUUCUGCUCUCCAGCUCUCUUUGCUUUGGUUAUAAUGCUUGUUUUGUUAAGGCCUUUUCAAUAUAAAUGUAGCUGUCAAGACGGCGAAAAAACACCUCAAGGACAGGGCAACACUGGAGCAUCUGAAGGAGAUCUCAAGUGCUGUAUAAAAUGUUGUGUUAAAGCUUUUUUAGUUUGUUGGAUUCCAAGUCUUUUGUGGAUCUGUAUAUGUUUCAUUGAUGGUGAUUAUCUUGCAUGUGGAUUAACAAACUGGAAUGGACGCUAUGCCUGUGAAAAUGAUCUGCAUCCAAAAUGUUUUAAUUGGUGCAAACCCACUGAAUUAAGCCCAGAAAUAAAUGAGACUGAAUGUUAUGAAAAAACACAGAAGUGGAUUUAUGAUUCAAAGAUUGCAGGUUAUAGUCUGGCUAUUAUCUUCUGCACCAUAGCAAUUAUUUUGGUGAAUCUGGAAACCUCAGCAGAGACAAAGACGAAAGACGUGCUAAGUCAUACAAUCUUUCCGAAGACAAACACUGAAAGCACAGAUGAAGCAGCAGGAUCCUUAAGAGAAAUCUCAGUAGAGACAAAGGCGAAAGAUGAGGCAAGUCAUGCAAGCUGUCCAACGACAAACACUGAAAGCGCAGAUGAAGCAGCAGGAUCCUCAGGCAGGAUCUCAGCAGAGACAAAGGCUAAAAACGUGCCAAGUCAUACAAACUUUCCGAAGACAAACACUGAAAGCGCAGUUGAGAUAACAAGUCUCUUAAAUGAAUUCUCAGCAGAGACAAAAGAUGUGGAGAUGCAACUGAGGAUGAAAGCGUCUUAUAGGAUACAAAACAGCUCUGAUGUCAGUGACCAAAGUUUGGAUGUAUCUUUUUGAAUGAGACCUGACUAUAAGGGGAUCAGCGUAAAGAUUUUCAGUGAAUAACAGAUAAAAUUUCACUCUCUUCCUCACACAAAAUAUGCUGUCAGAGCACUUGAAAUGCAGCACAAGAGUUAUUUGGACUAUUUUUGUACUGAUUUUUUUAUUUUUUUGGUUUUAUAAACGACCUAUAAAAAGAGAAAGAUCCUUUGCAAGCUGCAGAAAAAUGUUAAUAGAGUUCAGGUUUAUAUGUUCCAUUCAUGUUCUCUUCCAAAGAUGUUCUAUUUCUAUUUGUUUCAGUUAAUUGAUUGUCUGUUGUUUUUAAAGCUGCUUUCUGUGACGUUUUCGGUUAAAAAUGAUCCAAAUCAAUUAUUGAGCAAGUACAGUGCAUAACCAGCUGGUGUUCAAAACUAUCUCCUGACCUUAGCCCGAUUCACAAUGGUAAGCUUGUAAUACACCAAAUUAUUAUGCAAGUGACAUAUCAG